AGGACGGGAGAGAGUCAGCAGCACAGGAAACAGCGCUCCCCCUUUAAAUAUCACAGUCAUGCCUCAGAUGGAUCUUUAGAGGAAUAGCAGAGCACCAGAAAAACAACCCAUAUCCCUUAAUUUCCAUCGUCUAUCACGACAUGACAACGGGAAUUUAAAAUUACGUCUUUGUACAUCAGAAUUUAGGUCUUUCUGAGUGGCAUUAUGCCAGAACAAAGCAAUGAUUACCGGGUGGUUGUAUUUGGAGCCGGUGGAGUGGGCAAAAGCUCUCUGGUCUUGCGCUUUGUGAAGGGAACCUUUCGCGAGAGCUACAUCCCCACUAUUGAGGACACCUACAGGCAGGUGAUCAGCUGUGACAAGAGCAUCUGCACGCUACAGAUCACAGACACCACGGGCAGCCACCAAUUUCCCGCCAUGCAGCGUCUAUCCAUCACUAAAGGCCACGCCUUCAUCUUAGUGUACUCCAUCACCAGCAAACAGUCUCUGGAGGAGCUGAAGCCUAUCUUUGAGCAAAUCUGCCUGAUUAAGGGGGACAUAGAGAACAUCCCAAUCAUGCUAGUGGGCAACAAGAAUGAUGAGAUGAACAGUCGUGAAGUGGAGAGCAGUGACGGAGAGGCCAUGGCCAAGAGGUGGAAAUGUGCCUUCAUGGAGACGUCAGCGAAGACAAAUCACAACGUUAAGGAGCUGUUUCAAGAGCUUCUUAACUUGGAGAAACGCAGGACUGUUAGCCUUCAGAUCGACGGCAAGAAGAGCAAGCAGCAAAAACGGGCAGAGAAGCUUAAGGGCAAAUGUGUGGUCAUGUGAAAAAACAAAAUGUGUUUGGAAAAAGAAAACGUUUUCACUUUGAUGACGUUAAUGCUCUGGCUAACACUGUUUACACCUAAAGACAAGAAUGUUGGAAAAACACUUAACCAUUGUAGAUUUCCAGGAGCAAGGAUACAGUGAGACAACUGUUGUUUACUCAGAUAUCUUAAAGAAAGAGUUAAUCCAAAAAUGAAAAUGUGGUAAACAUUAAGGCUUUAUUUCUUCUGUGGAACACAAAUGUUACAUUUUUGAAGAAUGGCCGCUCUUUUCCAUAUUAUAAAAGUGAAUGGGGUAAUGUCAAAAAUGACAAAAAGCAUCAUAAGGGUAAUAAAAGCAGUUCAUAAGAUGCAAUAUUCCUGAAGUGAUUUGAUCAUGGAGGGGAAUAUCUUUAGUCAAUUUGAUACUUUUAUGAUGCUUUUUCAUUCAGGAGCCUGACUGCACUAGUCCCAUCCACCAUUAUUAUAUGCAAAAGAGUGAGCAAAAUAUACUUUCUUCUUUACUUAUUCUUUGUCUUAAUUUCUUGUGGAGAAAUGCCUAGAGAACCAACGUUCAUUAAGUUUUAAUUUUACAUUUUGUAAUGACAUAACUUCGCUAGCUUGCCACAGAUGUGAUUGUGGUGUAAUUGAACCCGCUGCAGGUUUACAGCAGACCUCAGCAGGAACAGCAGUGCCUGGCAGCCUAUUCUGCUCUCAGUUUUACUCCGUUUUAGACCACAAACUCAAAGGGAAAAUCCCAGGCUAACCGUAUGAUACUCCGUUUUUUUCAUCAGUAAGCAUAUCAAAAAGCAGUAAAAUCAGGACAAGGGUUUUAAAACCACUAGCUAUUCCUAAGAUCGAUUGAAAUAGUCACAUUAGCUUUAUAGCUGUUGUGUGGAGAACAGCUGCCUCUUACGGCACAGGCUGGGCUAAAUGAAUGCAUGUAUAACAAAUAGGUGAUAUAUCGCAGUUCAUGAUCAGGUACAUCAACUGAAUUGUAACGUGUCAAGGCACGCAGCCAGUAGUAAUCAAGUAAAAUAAGCUAAAUGGUUGUUACUGUGUUAGUUGUGCAAUUCACUAUCAAGGUUUUAAGCAAGGCUGUCGUAUUUUUAUUAUACUUUUAUACACAUGCCUUCGAUUGGAUUGUAUCAAAGCUUUAGAUUUCUUUUCAGGGUUUUUAGGUUUUCUUUCUGAGUUUAUAAAUGUGCUCUUCCAAAAACUAAGUUGACUAUUUUCCCAGUAAAAUACAGUAUUUGUAUGAAGGGAUAUUGUAGUAUGAAAGGAAAGAUCAGCUAAAUUCAUAUCAACACAGACACAUUAACUAAUUGUAAACCUUGGCCAAUAUUGCCCAAGUAAUAUUAUGUUUAUCUUAUUCAUUUUUUGAUAAUAAUAUUAAUUACAGUUGGCAGUGGUUUUUAGAGGGAACUUACAUGAUCUAUCAUCUACAUGUGUUUACACAUAUUUAGUGAAAUAUCAACAUGUGCUUUUGAGAGGGACAGCUUUUAUAAUUAUGUAUUUUAGCAUGACAGGUCUUGUACAGUGAGCUAUUAAUCAAGUUCAAUCAGUUCAAUCAGUGCUAUACUAUAUUUGUUACAAGAAGAAACUCACUUGUCUGGUUAGAGUCAAGUAAACAGCUGCAUAUUAUCUGUAGUAGAGUACUGGAGACCUUUAUCAAAUGUGAUAUUUAACUUGAAUAGCAGAAUCUGUGCAAAUGUAGCUAAUGAGAAUAUGUAUCAUGGGUACAGGAAUUGCUUAGACCCAAAGCUUACUGUGGGUUUCUGUUAUACAGCAGGAGUUCUGAUAUAAAAACUGAUAUAUUGUUUUGAUGAAAUACCUGUAUAGACAUCAUGUGUGCCUACAAGUUUAUAUGAUUGUAUUUUAGGUCACAAGAAUAAAUAAUAUUAUGCAUUUA